ACGAGAUCUCGUGCUGCAGAUCAUUUUUGUAUUUGCAGCUUUCAUAAUGAAUACGUUCUUAUCUCGGGCAAACACUAUAUUUGCAUUCACACUAAGUGUGCUCGCAUCGCUAACAUUUGGAUGUUUCCUAUCUACGUAUUUUAACACCAAUCUGACCGACGUUAGGAUAAAUACAGGCAAAAUUAUAGUAAAAAAUGUUCCAGACUACAGUGCAUCUAGAGAGAAGCAGGACCUUGGCUUUAUAACAUUUGACAUCGAUAGUGAUUUAACCAACAUAUUUAACUGGAAUGUAAAAAUGCUAUUUUUAUAUCUUACAGCUGAGUAUGAAACUAAAACAAAUGUGUUAAACCAAGUUGUAUUAUGGGACAAGAUCAUAAAUCGUGGUGACAAUGCCAACCUGGACUACAGGAGCAUGAAUGCAAAGUAUUACUUCUGGGAUGAUGGACAUGGUCUCAAGGGAAACCAGAAUGUAACACUAACUUUAUCAUGGAAUGUCAUCCCUAAUGCAGGAGGAUUACCAAAGAUCCGUGGACUAGGGGAACAUUCAUUUGCAUUUCCAAAUGAAUAUGCCGUCAACAAGGUGUAAAACUGUGAAGAGAAACACUGAAAUCUCAUCUGAGUUUGCCUCAAAAGAUUUGUUCAUGAAAUAUCACCUGGUCAUAAAUCUUUGCAAAAAACAUGGGCGUUGUCAGGCUUAAAACAAGAAAGGCAAGGACAUCACCAAAUUUUUACUGAAAAAUAUUGUUGAUACAAUGUUUUAGAGAAAAAAAAAUUAUACAGGCUAAUUUUUAUUUGAAACUGUUAAACUGUUGUCCAAUUGUAGCAUUUUAACCUCAAAAUCUUAAACUUGCCUCACCUAUUAAAAUUUAUUAAAAUUUGCCUCACCUGUUUUCUGACCAGAAUUACACCUGUGAGAAAUCUAGAGAUGAAUAAUCUGUGAAAACA